AGCAUUAACAAGACUAGCUGCUUAAAAGAGUUUCACACGGACGUGCUCAAAGCAGCUCCUGAGAACACUGCAGACAUGCAGGCUCACUGCAAACCAGGUAUCAUUGUGGGAUUGCUGCUCUGGUGCUGUUCCUUGGCAGACGGUUCUUGUAAAGCUGGAUUCACCUUGUUAAAUGGUUCAUGUGCUGCGCUCUGUACUGUCCCCUCCUGUGACACCACACAAUACCAUUUAGUGACAACUCCGAAGACCUGGACUGAAGCGCAGAACCAUUGCAGAAGCAAUCACACAGACCUGGUCACUGUGUACACCAAGGAAGAAGCAGAGCACCUGUACAAUAUAACGAAAAAUGCUUCGGCUGGACGCAUCUGGAUCGGGCUGCAUCGUGACAACUGGAAGACACCCUGGAAGUGGUCUGAUGGAGGGAUUUCAUCAUUUCUGCACUGGCAAAAAGGGAGCCCAAAAUACCAGGAAGACGACAACUGUGUAAUCAUGCUUCACUUAGCGAACGGUCAAUGGGCAGAUGUGAAUUGCAGCAUUCCCUUCCACUUCUUUUGCUAUACAGACAUUGAUGAGUGCGCCCAAACCCCCUGGCUCUGUGGUCCGAAUGCACAAUGUACCAACACUGUCAGAAGCUACACCUGCUCCUGUAAUCCUGGAUUCUUUCCUAAUACUGGAUUGAGAUGGAUACUCAAUCAAACACGGUGUGAAGACAUUGAUGAGUGCGCCCAAACCCCCUGGCUCUGUGGUCCGAAUGCACAAUGUACCAACACUGUCGGCAGCUACACCUGCUCCUGUAAUCCUGGAUUCUUUCCUAAUACUGGAUUGAGAUGGAUACUCAAUCAAACACGGUGUGAAGACAUUGAUGAGUGCGCCCAAACCCCCUGGCUCUGUGGUCCGAAUGCACAAUGUACCAACACUGUCGGCAGCUACACCUGCUCCUGUAAUCCUGGAUUAUUUCCUAAUACUGGAUUGGAAUGGAUACUCAAUCAAACACGGUGUGAAGACAUUGAUGAGUGCGCCCAAACCCCCUGGCUCUGUGGUCCGAAUGCACAAUGUACCAACACUGUCGGCAGCUACACCUGCUCCUGUAAUCCUGGAUUCUUUCCUAAUACUGGAUUGAGAUGGAUACUCAAUCAAACACGGUGUGAAGACAUUGAUGAGUGCUCCCAAACCCCCUGGCUCUGUGGUCCAAAUGCACAAUGUACCAACACUGUCGGCAGCUACACCUGCUCCUGUAAUCCUGGAUUAUUUCCUAAUACUGGAUUGAGAUGGAUACUCAAUCAAACACGGUGUGAAGAUUUAACAAAGAUCCAAGAUGGGAAAACCUGCAACAUUCCAAUUAAUACAGGGACAUCGAGUCACCUAAACAGUUCCUCGGCCUGGUUUUGUCUCAUCACUAACUUCAAUUCCACUAAGUUUACAUCUGGAUAUCAGGUGCAGCAAGUGGCUGUUGUUUUAAGCUCUGCUCUGAACGACACUUCCUUGUGGAAUAACCUGACCAGAGGUGAGAAGUCUGUUGCAGCUGAAGCAUACCUGGACACUGUAGAGAGGGCAGUGCUGCAGUUGACUGAGCCUUCAGAUGCUCUGUUAAGGAAAAAUGUGCGCUCAGACAAUCUAGAUAUGGAGUUGCUGAUUAUACCAUUCAAACACAACACGUCAGAGGAACAGUUACGAGCCAAUAAAAAUACACUGGAGAUUAAGUUGGGAAAAUUUAUGGAAGAGAAUAAGCAAGGUCAGGUAACAGUUGGGUUUGUCUCAUACACUGGGAUGGAGUCUGUCUUGGAUGGGAGCUUUUACAAGAAUCAAUCAUCUAUCCAGUUAAACUCACAAGUGGUCACUGCUACUAUAGGCAGAAACCACCACAAACUUUCAGAGCCAGUCCAUUUAACCUUCCAUCACAAUGAGUUAAGGAAAACCAAAGAGGAGGUGAUAUGUGUCUACUGGAAAUAUAAAGGGAAGGAAAGCUCUUGGUCCACCGAAGGCUGCACAAAGUUACACUCCAACCAAACACACACUGUGUGCAGCUGUGACCACCUCUCCAGCUUCGCUGUAUUAAUGGCACUAGACGAAUCACAGAUGCAAGAAAAUGUUGCCUUGACAGUGAUCAACUACAUUGCAGUGAUCGCAUCCCUGGUCUGCCUCAGCCUGGCUAUCUUUACAUUCCUAUUCUGCCGUUCGAUCCAGAAAGCCAACACCACCAUUCACCUGCACCUGAGUGUCUGUCUCUUCCUGGCUCACUUCCUGUUUCUAGUUGGGGUGUCCAGAACCGAAAAUAAGGUGCUGUGUGCAGUCAUAGCUGGGCUCCUGCACUACCUCUUCACAGCCAGUUUUGCCUGGAUGUGCCUGGAGGGAGUGCAGCUCUACCUGCUGGUGAGAAACCUGAAUGUGGUGAAGUACAGCAGCAGGCAGGGGCUGCGAAGGAGGUACCUGCUGCUGGCUGGGUACGGCUCUCCUGCUCUCAUCGUGGCUGUGUCUGCUGGAGUCUUUAAGGAGGGGUAUGGGACCGACACAUUUUGCUGGCUGAGUCGUGACAGAGGAUUUGUCUGGAGUUUUCUUGGUCCUGUUUGUGUCACAAUCGCUGUAAACACCAUUCUCUUCAUUGCAAUUCUCUGGACUUUGAGAUCGCAAAUGUGUGGCCUCAACGCGGACGUGUCCAAAGUGAAAGACACCAGACUGCUGACUUUCAAAGCCAUUGCACAGUGCUUCAUCAUGGGCUGCAGCUGGAUCCUGGGAUUCUUUCAAGGAUUGGAGUUCUUCAGAUUUGCGUUUGUCAUUAUUAACUCACUGCAGGGUCCCUUUAUUUUCCUGGUGCACUGUGUGCUAAACCAGCAGGUGAGAAUGGAGUAUAGGAAAUGGUUUGGAUGCAUCUACAAACAGAAGGACAGCUCAGAGCUUACAUCUUCUGCAGUUCCAAAGGGAAACCUAAUGGAUGGAACCACAACAGAGACUGAGCAAUAAUUGCAGCUCUAAGCUCAGGGGAGUACAUGUGCAAUGGAGUAAAGAAAGUCAAUAGACAUCACUGUUAAAGAAUGAGUGGGAAAUUGCCCUUCUAAAAUUUUAGGCAAAAAUCUAAGAGGUUUUAUAUAUUUCUGAAAAAAUCAAACCAUGUUUUUUGCCCAAAUUUGCAAUAUUUUUUACUUGUCUCUGUUUUGAACCAAGCUGAUUUUUUAAAGGUGGUAACAUAAGGUCACAUUGUGAUAAGCUGCCUAUCCACAAAAUGCGAAUGUCUCCAUUACAUGCCCUCCUUCAUGGCACCGAUCCUUUGCAGGCUUUGGGUAAUUAUAGGCUUUACAUUCUAAAGCACUAAUAAUUCAUUAAGACACUUUAUUGUCAUUGUUUUUAAUAUAGUCAAUCACAAUUUUAGAGUUGAAUCAACUGGUUCAUUAGGGUAUCAAUCCAAGAGUGAUGUUAAUAUAUCUAUUUCAUUAUGUGUGUGUUUUUUUUUAAAUAAUUGCACACAUUGUUCUGUAGGAAUGUGUAAGCACUGAACGUGCUUGGACUAAAGGCUUGACCUCCUCAAAUGUAUACACUGCCCCUGCAGGUGGGGAUGAUGUAAUCUAAUAGAGAUCAAGCUUUAAGUGAUGUCUUACUUCUGUCUGCACCUAAGCUUUGCAGCUGAUGUGAUGUUCCAAUGCAAAUCCCUUCCCCCGCCCUCAAGCUGGUGCGCUUUGCCUGAGGAUUCUCAACUGUGCAACAGUGCAAAUUAUAACAUUUCCAAUUCUCAGCUCCACUAAUGUGAAAUCUAAAAUGACAGUAAUAUUUACAACAUAUACUGGUAAGAAUGUCUUAACGCACACUCUGUCGUGGGUUAUAAUGCUUAUAAAAUUGUUCUGUUUAUUUUGUAAAAAGAAAAAAAAAACCUAAUAAGAUUUUAAACAAAAAUAUUUGCAACAGUGCCAUAUACCUUGGCUGUGGAGACAACAAAGUGACUUGAAGAAUUUAUUACUGGUGAAGUCAUUGUUCAUUUAUUUUUGUACAAGAUAGGCACAUUUAUUAACUUAUUUAUGUUUAUACUUCAGUUGAUGUAUUGCUUUUUCUGAAAAAUACAAAAAUGUAGAAUAAAACUGCUUACCAACUUGAUGUUUACAUUAAUGAUGCUCUGCACCUUUGAAUUUCAAAUGCCAAGCCUUCGUUUGUUUUCACCACCAGUUAGGCUCAGACAGGGAGGCUUGCUGACUUGCUUGCUGGCUGUCACUCAACACAAACAGAUCUGUUUAUGCAUUUUAAUACACACUGAUGCCUGCAAUUACUGUACUGUGGUUUACUUUAUUACUUCCUUCACUGACUUUAAAAUUGGAACCAACUUGUUUUUUGUUUAGUUUCUUCAUACGCAGUCUCUUGGUUGUUACGGUCAAAUGCAGCCACGCUCUACCCCAGCAUUCAGUACAAAA